AUGCCGUGGUUAGAAAUAGCUGAUGGAUUUUUGAGGAUAUAUACAAGUAAAAGACAUACAAAUACAAAUAUGGAUGAAAAUUUUGAUUGUGCUUCAACAAUCAGCGAUACAGGCAGUGAUGUCACGCAAACUCCCACAUUAACGGAAGAUACCUUUUUAAGUACAUCGCAACAUUCAACUGAUUUUUCUGAUGAUUCUCGAAACUUACCUCAAAAACCUAAACGCAAAAGAAACCAUGUGGUGGGAAAUAAAGGUAACGAGAACUCUGAAGACGUGAUUGCCGUGGCAUUGGAGAAAUUGGACAACGUUUGA